GUCUCUAGUUCGCGUUCCACGGGCGGCGGCGAAGGCGACGACGUCAACGUCAAAAUGGACAGCGGGGCCUAUGGGGCGGCCAAGGCCGGCGGCAGCUUCGACCUGCGGCGAUUCCUGCAGCAGCCGCAGGUCAUCGUUCGGGCUGUGUGCAUGUUAUUUGCUGUGAUCGUGUUCUCCUGCAUCAUUGGUGAAGGCUACGUUAAUUCACACCAGUCAGCUGACCUCCAGUGUGUCUUUAACCACAAUGAGGAUGCCUGCCGAUAUGGCACAGCCAUUGGGGUGCUUGCCUUCCUGGCUUCUGUCUUCUUCUUCGUGGUUGAUGUCUAUUUUCCCCAGAUUAGCAACGCCACUGACCGCAAGUACUUGGUCAUUGGUGACAUGAUCUUCUCAGCUUUCUGGACCUUCCUCUGGUUUGUUGGAUUUUGUUUUCUCACCAACCAGUGGGCAGCCACCAAGCCCAUAGACGUGUUGGUGGGGGCUGACUCAGCUCGGGCAGCAAUCUCCUUCAGCUUCUUCUCCAUCUUCUCCUGGGGUUUGCUGGCUGCCCUUGCCUACCAGAGAUACAAAGCUGGGGUAGAUGACUUCAUCCAGAACUACAUUGACCCUACCCCUGAUCCUGCUGCCCCCUAUGCCUCCUACCCAGGAGUUGCUGGAGACAAUUACCAACAACCACCCUUCACUCAGAAUGCAGAGACCACUGAGGGUUAUCAACCACCUCCUGUUUACUAAGUUAAGGCAGCAUGCAAAAGCACAGUGGGGGGGCAAAGGGAGGGGUGGGGUUGACUUAGUCUUCACCGUGAGGGAAGGGAAAGGGAGGAAGCCUUUGGACACCUUCACGAUGCCAUUCCCUUUCUCCUGUUUGUACUCCAUGCUUUUUCAAACCUGCCACAUAACUUGAGGUACUACUUCCUUCCUUUCAGGAGGGACUGAAGAAUCUGCCUUUGGACAGAGCAUUUUAAAAAGACAGUUUUGGAUAGAAGUGUUUUCUCACUGCUUUUCCCUUUUGCCUGGGACAGCUAUAGAAGUGGGAUAAUCCCUAUAAUGCUACUUACAGUGCCUUAUAUCUUCCCUUUCAUCCCAGGGGAGCAAAACUUGUGGUGAUUUCUGUGGUUCUGGCAGUGGCUGCUUAGAGUUCUCUGCCAGGGAUCGUUCAGGUCCUGCUGAGACAUUCUGUGGUGCUUGUGCAUGUGGGUGUGCAGGGUGUGUUUGUGUGCCUUCAUGCUUGUCCCUUCUCUUGCCAGUGGUGGGCUCUGAGGUGUAGUGAGUUCCCCACCUUGAUCCCUCCAACACAUACACACUCCUUUGCUCUCAGGUCUAUAAACCCUUUUAUCUGGGGCUAUUCUCUUGAUCUCUGCCCCAUUCCCACUCAAAGGAGAGAGUGAGGACCACCAGGGCAACCCCUUAUGGUUACUGCUGUUUUCUUUCUGCUGGUUCUCCUGUAUUCUAAGAUUGCUAAUCCACACUCAGUGCCAGGGUCUACCUGGGGGUUGGUGACAGCAGGGGCAACACUGCCUAGUCCUUGCUAUAGAAAUCCUGGUAGCUGGGAGUGGCUUUGCUUAACCUGCAAGGCCCUGCUUUUUGUAAAUAUUCUGCCAUUGCUAAAACAUGAAAUGUGAGGCAGAGCGAGAAACAUGCCUGCCUUGCAGCCCCUGGAUGGUUCUGAAUGUAUUAAAGUCAUCAGAAAAGAACAUCCAGAAGACUUUGCAUUUUAAGUUGGUUUGGAGAUGGAAUAAAGAAAUAUAUGUA